AGAAUUCACACUGGAGAGAAACCAUAUGUAUGUAAGCAAUGUGGGAAAGCUUUUAACAUGCGUGCAAGUUAUAAGGUUCAUGAAAGAAUUCACACUGGAGAGAAACCCUAUGUAUGUAAGCAAUGUGGGAAAGCUUUUACCAGACCUGAAUGUUGUAAGCAACAUGAAAGAAUUCACACUGGAGAUAAACCAUAUGUAUGUAAGCAAUGUGGGAAAGCUUUUAACAUGCGUGCAAGUUAUAAGGUUCAUGAAAGAAUUCACACUGGAGAGAAACCCUAUGUAUGUAAGCAAUGUGGGAAAGCUUUUAACACACAGGGAGAUUGUAACAAUCAUGAAAGAAUUCACACUGGAGAGAAACCCUAUGUAUGUAAGCAAUGUGGGAAAGCUUUUAAAACACGUGCAAAUUGUAAGUUUCAUGAAAGUAUUCAUACUGGAGAGAAACCCUAUGUAUGUAAGCAAUGUGGGAAAGCUUUUACCAGACCUGGACGUUGUAAGGAACAUGAAAGAAUUCACACUGGAGAGAAACCAUAUGUAUGUAAGCAAUGUGGGAAAGCUUUUAACACACGUGCAAAUUGUAAGGUUCAUGAAAGAAUUCACACUGGAGAGAAACCCUAUGUAUGUAAGCAAUGUGGGAAAGCUUUUACCAGACCUGGAUGUUGUAAGCAACAUGAAAGAAUUCACACUGGAGAUAAACCAUAUGUAUGUAAGCAAUGUGGGAAAGCUUUUAACAUGCGUGCAAGUUAUAAGGUUCAUGAAAGAAUUCACACUGGAGAGAAACCCUAUGUAUGUAAGCAAUGUGGGAAAGCUUUUAACACACAGGGAGAUUGUAAAAAUCAUGAAAGAAUUCACACUGGAGAGAAACCCUAUGUAUGUAAGCAGUGUGGGAAAGCUUUUAAAACACGUGCAAAUUGUAAGGUUCAUGAAAGUAUUCAUACUGGAGAGAAACCCUAUGUAUGUAAGCAAUGUGGGAAAGCUUUUACCAGACCUGGACGUUGUAAGGAACAUGAAAGAAUUCACACUGGAGAGAAACCCUAUGUAUGUAAGCAAUGUGGGAAAGCUUUUAACACACAUACAAAUUGUAAGGUUCAUGAAAAAAUUCACACUGGAGAGAAACCAUAUGUGUGUAAGCAAUGUGGGAAAGGU